AGAAUUGGGGGAGAAAUUUUCACCCCAGAAUUGUAGUGGUUCGCACAUAUCUUUAGUUUGAAGAUUCACAUAGGCAAAGAGGAGUCACCACCUGUUCGAUGAAAUGUCCCAAUAUUCUUGGGGUUUUUUAAAUCUAUCAUCAAUAAUGGCGCCGGAGAACAAUUGGUUAUCGUUUGCUGUCUCGUCGGCGGAGAUGAUGAACUCGUCGUCGUCGUCCUCUCAGCCGCCGGACGCCGCCUUUGCUCCGGCGGACCCGCACCAUUAUUACUUCGCCGAUCAUUUCUAUGCAAAUGGUUGGGUGAACCCGAAGCCGGAAAUGAUGUAUUCGCCGGAGGAUGAGAGCCGGGACAACGAGGUCGCCGGACUUAGCCUGAACGGAGAGCCGUCGGCCUUCCACGCCUUCAUGGAGUCGCACAUCCACCACCCGCCGCCGCUGGAGGACUUCCUCGGCGGGUGCGGGGACUCAACCGCCUUGGUCCGGUACUCGGAGCGGCAGACGGAGACGCAGGACUCGUCGUCUCUGACCCACAUCUACCACGGCGCCGGCGCCGGCGCCGGCGAGGCUUACUUCAACGACCAGCAAGAUCUGAAGGCUAUAACCGGAUUCCAAGCGUUCCCCACGAACUCCGGCUCCGACGUGGACGACUCCGCCUCCGUCGCCCGAACCCAGACGAUGACCGGCGCCGGAGACUCUGUGAACGCGAUGGGCUACCCACACUGCCAGACCGGCACUCUGUCUCUGGCCGUGAAUCCCCAGAACUCCGACAAGACCGCCAUUGUUCCCGUCGACCCGGAGAGCUGCAAGAAACUGGCUGACACCUUCGGGCAGAGAACCUCGAUUUACAGAGGGGUCACAAGACAUAGGUGGACAGGAAGGUACGAAGCGCAUCUAUGGGAUAACAGCUGUAGAAGGGAGGGUCAAGCAAGAAAAGGCCGUCAAGUGUAUUUGGGUGGUUACGAUAAGGAGGACAAGGCGGCAAGGUCGUAUGAUUUGGCUGCACUCAAGUAUUGGGGCCCCACCGCCACCACCAACUUCCCCAUUUCGAAUUAUAGCAAGGAACUAGAGGACAUGAAGCACAUGACUAAGCAAGAAUUCAUUGCCUCAUUGAGAAGGAAAAGCAGCGGAUUCUCCCGAGGUGCUUCGAUUUAUCGUGGGGUCACGAGGCAUCAUCAGCAAGGGCGCUGGCAAGCAAGGAUAGGCCGCGUAGCAGGCAACAAAGAUCUCUACCUUGGAACUUUUGCAACUGAGGAAGAAGCUGCAGAGGCGUACGACAUUGCGGCGAUAAAGUUCCGGGGGAUGAACGCCGUGACCAACUUUGAAAUGAGCCGGUACGACGUGGAGGCGAUAAUGAAGAGCGUGCUCCCCGUUGGCGGCGCCGCCAAGCGCCUGAAGCUCUCUCUGGAGUCCGACCAGAGGCCGCCGGUUCCGGCCCUCGCCGGCGGCGUCGGCCACCCGGGGCCCCACCAGAGCUGCGUGAGCUUUGGGGCGGUCCCGCCCAUCUCCGCCAUUCCAUGCGGGGUCCCGUUCGACUCGGGGUCCUUCUACCACCACCACGCCGCCGCCGCCGCCGCCGGCCUCUUCCACCACCACAACCUCUUCCACUCCGGCACCGAGGUGCCGGCGGAGGUCGCGGCUGCAGUGCCGUUCCAGAACCCGCCCGCUGAGUUCUUCAUCUGGCCUCAUCCGUCGUAUUAGUUUCGCGCGCGAGAACUGACCGAUCUUCUGACCGUUCUGACCGUGGCUGGCGGGAAAAUUGAAGGGAUUUAUUUUUUUCAAACAAAAAAGAUGAAAAGCUUUAGAGUUUUUCUAGGGUAGAAAUUAAAGCUAAGAUCUUUUG